AUGGGUUUCUCUCUCAUCAAAGUCCCGGCGGACAUGGAGGGCUCCGCCACACCAGCCAUUCUGAUGGGCUUGUUCAUCUCUUUCGGCGGUAUCCUCUUUGGCUAUGACACUGGCACUAUUGGCGGCAUUCUCGCCAUGGACUACUGGGUUGAUCUUUUUGCGACAGAAACAAACGAUGAGGGACAGAGAUACAUCACCACCGGUCAGCAGGGUGUGAUUGUCUCGAUGUUAAGCGUUGGUACCUUCGUUGGUGCUCUCAGUGGGGCAAGUAUCGGGGACCGGAUCGGUCGUCGCUGGGGUCUACUAGUCGCCUGCAUUGUCUUCAACAUCGGCGUGGUCAUGCAGACGAUCGCAACCGCUAUUCCACUCUUCACGGCGGGCCGGGGUAUUGCUGGACUGGGUGUCGGGUUGCUAUCAGUCUUGGUUCCCCUUUAUCAGAGUGAAUGCUCGCCCAAAUGGAUCCGGGGCACAAUCGUCUCUGCCUACCAACUUGCGCUCACUAUUGGACUUUUACUCGCAGCUGUCGUUAACAACGCCACACAUGCAAGGAACGACUCCGGAAGCUACCGUAUUCCCACCGUUAUCCAAGCUCUCUGGGGACUGAUCCUCGCCGCCGGCCUGCUAUAUUUGCCCGAGACGCCUCGCUACUUCGUCAAGCGCGGCCAUCAAGACAAGGCAGCCCAUUCGUUGUCAAGACUUCGACGCCUUCCAGCCGACUCUCGAAGCAUUCAGGAAGAGCUUGCUGAAAUUGUUGCAAAUCACGAAUAUGAACUAGCGCUGGGCAAAUCCGGAUGGCUCGAUGUUUUCCAAAAUGCUGGCAGACAACGCAGACGCCUCUUAACAGGAUGCGCCAUUAUGGCAGGAUCUCAACUCACGGGUAUCAAUUUCAUCUUCUACUACGGGACUCAAUUCUUCAAAAACUCCGGCAUUGAGAAUCCAUUCCUCAUCGGCUUGACCACGAACUUGGUGAACGUGGUAUCGACAAUCCCGGGAUUGAUCCUUGUCGAACGAUGGGGUCGUCGUCCUAUACUUCUUUUCGGUGCUAUCGGGAUGACAGUCUGCGAGUUCAUCGUAGCGAUAGUGGGUGUUACUUCUGGGUCCGAAGUUUCCAGCAAGGUUUUGAUUGCAUUCACCUGCUUCUACAUCUUCUUCUUCGCAAUCUCCUGGGGUCCAGUCGGCUGGGUCGUUGUGGGUGAGAACUUCUCUCUACGAUUCCGCGCGAAAUCAGUGGCAUGCUCCAUCGCUAGCAACUGGAUCUUCAACUGGGCCAUUGGCUACGCCACUCCAUAUCUCGUCGACGAGACUCCCGGCGCUGCGGGUCUUAAGGCGAAGGUGUUCUUCAUUUGGGGAACCUGCUGUCUUGGCUGUGCCAUCUUCGUCUACUUCUGCAUCUUCGAGACCAAGGGUUUGACUCUCGAGCAAGUGGAUGAGAUGUACGAGCACGUUCCACAUGCUUGGCAAAGCUCAACCUUCAAGCCGACAGUCCGCUUUGAGGAGGUGCGCAGGCAGAGCAUUGCUGCGGAGGAGGCGCGCAAGAAGAGCAUUUCUCAGGUGGAAUCCGUGUAUGCGGAGAAAGUUUGA